AUGACUUAUCUUGUUAAAUAAAGAGGAAUCCAAAUUCUGAGUGUGGCUGUUCUCGCUCUAGUCUCAAGAAUUGCAGGCUAAAAUUCAACCUACAAGAGAGGUUUAACUGAUCAUUUCAUUAACUUCCUGGACCUCAAAAGUAACUACUAUCCAUAUGGCUUCAAUAGAACUCAGUUCUUUGGAGGGUCAUUCGGAGGCAAGGAUAACGAUUCCACUCCAAUUAAUAGAGUGCCAGUGGUGUUUGUACAUGGUGCAGCUGAUAUGGUCAUUGGCUAUGGGUGGGAAAAUGAUGGUUUUAGAUAUGAUAUCGAAUAUUUCCUUGAUCACGGUUACACCAAAGCAGAGAUCUAUGGAUCUUAGUGGGGUUACGCUGAUAUCCCUAAUGAGCUAAACCUUCAACAUGAUACUGAGUGGGUUCUUCAAAUCAGAAGAUUCAUUGAGGCUGUUCUUGAUUACACAGGAGCACCCUAAGUUGAUGUAGUCUCUCACUCAAUGGGAGUAACUCUAUCUAGAGCGGCCCUUAAGGGUGGGUACUACUUCCUUGAGAAUAUUCAGACACUUUUUUUGAAACCAAUCAACAAAAGAAUCAGAACAUUCAUUGGUAUCGCUGGAGGAAAUUAUGGUAUUUCUCUUUGCACAAUGGAAUAUUAUAAACUUAACUUCCCCAUAUGUGAUACCUAAAUUGGUUUCUACCCUGGUGAGUUGGAUAACACAACUAACAAGGUUAAGAAUCUUUCCAAAUUCAUGAAGCAGCUUAAUGAUAUUAAGGUUAGAGAGGCAACUAAGACCUAUUCAAUCUUCUCAUUAUAUGAUGCCUCAGUUCUUCCAUACACUUUAGAUGGAAAAUAUACCUCAGUAUUCCCAGGUAUCAAUGCAGCUUACAUCUAUAAUAGCUCAGAAUACGGUCAUCUAGGUGUAAGAGAUCUGACUUAGGAGUUCUAAUACAACCUUCUUAACAAGCCACAUGAGGAAUUGCCUGAGACAAAUGUUAUGAUGAAACUAACCUUCGAAACUGAAGAGGAGAUUCCAGAAGAAAAGAAAGAACUAUUCCUUUAUUGA